AUGCACGGGCCGAAAUUCUUACAAGGGGAUACAAGUUGUUGGCCUAACAACGUUUUACAUCAAGAUGACAGCGAAACCGUAGCGGAUCCGGAGGUGAAGCUGACAUCCAAGUCUAUUGUAUGCAACAUUGGUUCAAGCGAUCCACUAACGUCCAGAUAUUCCAAUCUUAAUCGACUGCUGAGAGUGACGUCAUGGAUUUUACGAUUCAUCAACAAUGUUCGAGGAUCGUCCACAUCUAAGGUUCUAGGACAACUACAAGCAUCAGAGUUAUCCAAGGCUCUCGAGGUAUUAGUACGGCAGGCACAAAGGAAGGAUUUCGAAAGGGAAAUUAAUCUAUUAACAACCGGCGCAGAACUCCGCAACAACAGUUAUCUAACGCAUUUACGACCUUUCUUAGAUGACAACAGCGUCUUACGAGUAAACGGAAGAUUGCAUAAUGCAGAUAUAAACGAGGAUCAACGGCACCCAAUGUUGCUAUCAAGCAAAAAUCCACUCAGUACACUUCUUGCGCGACAUCAUCAUGCGUCCAAUUUACAUGCGGGUCCUCAAGCACUGUUAUACUCCCUGCGUCAACAAUUUUGGAUUUUAGGAGGACGGAAUUUAUCGCGAAGGAUCGUGCACGAGUGUGUAAGGUGUUUUCGAGCGAGGCCCAAGUUCAUCCACCAAUUGAUGGGUCAGCUACCUCCUGCCAGAGUCAAUCAGACUCGCCCAUUUUCAAAGGUAGGCGUGGACUUUUGCGGACCAUUUAUCUGUAAGCCAAGGGUUCGCAGCAAGGCCUUACUCAAAACCUACAUUUCGGUCUUCGUCUGUUUUGUGACCAAGGCGAUCCACCUGGAGGUGGUCACAGAUCUAACUACGGAGGCGUUCCUUGCGGCGCUCAGGCGCUUUAUCUCUCGUAGAGGGCGAUGCUCAGAUAUCUACAGUGACAAUGCAACUAACUUUGUAGGAGCAGAUCGCUCACUCCAGGAACUGAAGAAUCUGUUCGAAACUCAACGUCACCAAACAACUUUGCACAACGCUUGCUCCGAGGAGGGCAUAACUUGGCACACCAUACCACCCAAUUCGCCUCAUUUUGGUGGAUUAUGGGAGGCUGCCGUCAAGGCUGCUAAGCACCAUCUUAAACGUGCAUUGGGCUCGAUGUCUUUCACCACCGAAGAGCUUAAUACCGUAGUAAUUCAGACUGAGGCUUGCCUGAACUCGCCGAUCACACCUAUGUCUACUGAUCCAGCGGACUUAGAAGCUCUCACGCCAGGGCAUUUUCUGGUCGGAGCUCCUUUAAAUGCUCUGCCGGAACCAGAUUUGACGGAUAUCAACCUAAACUGGCUGUCGAGAUGGCAACGAUUGCAACAGCAGCUGCAAUUAUUCUGGAGAAGAUGGUCGACGGAAUACCUCUCGGAACUGCAUUCCCGUGCCAAAUGGAACCGGAAGCGAGACAACAUAAAC